AACCCAAAACGUAAACCCUUAACCCAAACCGUAAACCCUUAACCCAAACCCUAAACCCAAAUUGUAAAACCAAACCAUCGCCCAUAACGGAGCUACCUAAACCCUAACCUUGAAGGUCUAAAAUAUACUAUAUUUCAUUUAGAAUAGUAUGGCAAUUGAUGAUAGUUACUAUAUUGAUGAAUGGGAAAAGGAGGAAAAUGGAGAGGGGAGGAGGAGGAAAGAGGAAAGAUAGAAGUAUGGAGGAAAGGAAAGAGGAAUAGAGAGAGAGACCGGGGAAGGGAGGGGAGCAGAGAAAGAGUAGGAGGAAGUGUAAGAGUGAAAGCGACAUCGGAGGAAACUAUACUAUUUUGAUGAAUAGAUUAGUAUACUAUAAUGUAAUUUUAAUUCAAAUAUUGCAUGAAAGCAAUAUAAACUGUCAAUACAAACAUGUAUGUGAAUCUCCAUUAACUUUGAACAUUCAUUCAACACUAACGAAGGAAAGGAGAAGAAGGAGAAAAUACUAAGAAAUCAUUUCUAUUCUAUGUGUAUCAAAUAGAAUAGUACAACGCAGUGUGUACUGUUUAUCUUCUCCAAUAGUUCUGCGCAUUCUCUAUUUCUUAAUCUACAUGUAUCAAAAGUAACAAAAUUCUAAAGGCAAUUAAAUAUAUAGAGAAAAAUAAUUUGAUGAUCAGUUGUUGUGUCUGGUGAUUAUACAGCGUGCUAAAUCAGGAUCUUAUGCUCUUCAAUCUAACCAGAUUACUUUGAUUCGUUUAUUUUGAUUGUAAAGUUCGUCGGGAAAUUUAACGGCUUCGUGACUUUUGUGUGAUGAAAAGGAACAAAAAAUAAAAAGAAAAAACGCGUGUGUUAGUUGGUAAAAAGUGAGGGUAAUUUUGUAUAUAUUGUAGAAAAUAUAUGGUAUAUCAUAGCAUAUGCCUUAUAAUAGUUAUGUACUUAGUUUUUUUUGUGCUAUGGUCACGUCUCCUAAUUUCCCUAAUAAUAAAGCUAAAGAUAAGCUGGAGUCUCUUCAUGUCCAACUCAUGUAAGGGUGGGUGAGCCAGGUGGCAUUUCUGGCACACCGUCCAUGACAUCCGUGUGAUACUUAUAUAAUAAUGGUUGACUAAUUUUGCGAAUGAUCGGGAUCUUCUGUACUUAUAGAUGGUGUGGUCAGUUAGGGUUAUUGGCUGGACUGGAUCCAAGCCAAACAAGGAAAAUAUGCUUUAAAUGGUUUCAGAGUGUUCUGGUAGAGGCUUUUUAGUUUAAAAAAAAAUAGAAGUCCAAAAUAUGAUAGUGUUAGAUAAAAUUUUAGAUCGGUUUAACUAAUAUUUUAGUUAAUUUUCAAUUUACCUAAAAUCAUAUAAAAUCUAUUAAAAAGCAAAUCAUUUCAAUAACUAGUGAAUAUACUAAGUAUUUCUAACUUUUGAUGUUAGGUUAGAGAUCAUUUGGUCACAACUUUUUCAAAAUUUAUAAUAAGAUAAAAAUCAUUGUAUUUUUUUUGAAACACAAACUUCCAUUAAUAGGUGAGGGGGUCUCCCUCAUUUACUACAAGACUUUGCUUAGCAAGUUCAUCUGCAACCAUAUUUUGCAGUCUUGAAAUCCAAACAAAAGAGAUAAAUUCAAACUCAGCUGCUAGAGCUAAGAUAUCGAAGACAAAUCCAAACAAAAAUCCUUGUAUUUAUCUCUAGAUUUUUCAUGCAAAAGGUUUGGAGAAAACGGAAAUGCAGGCAUAAUGGAGAUUGCACCUUAUUUCGCAUAAUCAUCCAUUUCAUCGAUAAGAAUGUUCGCAACUGAUUAUCAUUUUGUACAUCCGGAAACCACAGAUAUGAAGAUGGACUCAAAGUCUGGUUCGAUAUCCUUAAACUACUCUGUAUUGCUCAUGUAUUAAGUUAAAGCUUACAAAAGUCUCAAAGUGAUUCCGUUUUAAUAUUGGGAUGAAUAAAUUCAACGUUCUUAAUAAAGAACCCUGAAAAAUUGAAAUCGAUAAGAACAAACCGUAGAUAUAUUGCAUCUCAGACUUGACUUGACUUCGCUUGCUUCUUGGAAUACGGAUAUGGGGUCUUAGGCCACACGUAUAUAAUACAAUUAUGGGUAAUUUGGACAAGAAAAUUCAAAGUAACCGAUAGCUACACGCCUAAAGUUUUUUCAUUUAUAAAGACUUCAACCUUUUGAAUAGUAUGCGUUCUUAUCGUGUUGAAUUCUUAUAACCGUGUGAGAAUUUUCAUUAAACUCCCAUUUCCCAAAUUGCUUGCAAGUUUAUCUCCUUUGCUUUUUUUAUAUAUAUUUUAUUUGCAAUGGAUCGAAAGCUUUUCUUGGGCCAAUUCUUGAUAUGGGUGGUAUUACUGUUGGGGCAGCUACAUGGAAGCAUAAGUUGCAUUGAGAAAGAGAGAAAAGCUUUGUUGGAGCUCAAGAAACACCUUAUCUCACUGAGUGUAGAAUGGGGAUACGAUACUGUUCAACCUACUUGGACUAAUGAUACAAAAAGUGAUUGCUGCCUGUGGGAGGGCCUUGAGUGCAAUCGUACAAGCGGCCGGGUUAUCGGGAUAUCCAUUGGUGACAUGAUGUUUGAAAACUUCAGUUCUCCCCUAAAUAUUUCUUUGCUACAACCUUUUGAAGAUAUUCGAAGACUGAGCCUAUCCGUCGAACAGAACGGAUUUGAUGGCUUCUUUGAUGAUGUUGAAGGUUAUAAAAGCUUAAGGAGAUUAAGAAACCUUGAGAUUUUGGAUCUCUCUUCAAACAGAUUUAACGACAGCAUAUUUCCCUUUCUUAAUGGUGCAUCAUCACUUAAAACUAUUUUUCUUCACAAUAACUUGAUUGAAGGCCCUUUUCCUGCUGAAGAACAAAAAAACUUGACAAACUUGGAACUGUUGGAUCUGAGUCUAAACAUGUUAAAGGGCUCCUUGUCAGAUUUUACUCACCUCAAAAAACUGAAAACUCUAAAUCUAAGUUCCAAUUACUUGUCUAGCUCAAUGGAAUUACAAGAACUAAAAGAUUGGACAAACUUGGAACUGCUGGAUCUGAGUCGAAAUUUUCUAAACGGCUCCAUGCUAGAACUAAAAGACUUGAUCAACUUGGAACUGCUAAGCCUUGCUCAAAACAGUUUCAGCGGACCUAUACCAGUAGAAGUAUUUUGUGAAAUGAAGAGUCUGCGGGAGCUCAAUCUUAGAGAAAAUCAGUUUGUAGGCCAGCUUCCUCUUUGUUUAGGUAGUUUGAAGAAGCUACGAGUUCUCGACCUAUCAUCCAACCAAUUUAGCGAAAAUAUACCAUCAAGUUUCAUUAGCCUUGAGUCCCUCGAAUAUAUUUCACUAUCAGAUAACAACUUCAGUGGCAUAUUCUCGCUCAACCCACUCACCAACCUCACAAAUCUCAAGGUUUUAAAACUUUCAACAACGUCGUCUGAUAUGCUACAAGUAGUAGAGUCAGAGAGUACUUGGCAGUCAAAACUUCAACUCAGUGUUGCUGUACUACGAUCUUGCAGCUUGAAAAAAAUCCCUUCCUUUUUUCUGUACCAGAAAAACUUGCGUCUACUUGAUCUAUCCAGCAACAAAUUAUCCGGAAACGUUCCUACUUGGCUGCUAGAGAAUAAUACACAACUUGAAGUCUUACUCUUGCAGAAUAAUUCGUUCACUAUCUUCCAGAUACCUACUACUACAAUAGUGCAUCAUAAUUUGCAAUUAUUGGAUUUUUCAAAGAAUGAUAUUGGUGGGCUGUUCCCUGAUAACAUUGGCCGUCUGCUUCCGCAUCUUGUACACAUGAACGGCUCAAAUAAUGGAUUUCAAGGGAAUUUUCCAUCGUCAAUGGGUGAGAUGAAGAACAUUUCGUUUCUCGACCUAUCUUAUAAUAACUUCUCUGGGAAGUUACCUAGAAGCUUUUUCACCGGCUGUUUUUCACUGAAAUACCUGAAGCUCUCUCACAACAAAUUUACUGACCAUGUCCCUCCUAGAGUAACAAACUUUACUUCAUUGGAUGUGUUGAGAUUGGAUAACAACUUAUUCACAGGGGAGAUAGGAGUUGGUUUGCUUAGCUCCAACGCUACAUUGUCGAUUCUCGACAUGUCCAACAAUCUUCUCACAGGUGCAAUUCCUAGUUGGAUAUCUAACCUAUCUAAUUUGGAAUUUCUAUUGUUAUCAGAUAAUAACAUCCAAGGCGCAGUACCACCGUCUUUGGGGAACAUGUCCUCAGUUUCAUUUUUGGACCUCUCUGGAAACUUAUUAUCUGGAGCCAUACCUUCAUACGUUGGUCACUACGUGAGAUAUCUCUUCUUACGAGACAACAACUUCACAGGAACAAUUCCAGACACAUUGUUGGCACGUCGUGUCCGAAUACUUGAUCUGCGGAACAAUAAGCUCUCCGGGACUAUCCCGGAGUUUGUCAGUACGGACUUGGAGGAUCCCCCAGAGCUAAGUAUUCUUUUGUUGAGGGGAAACAGUUUAAUAGGAUCGAUUCCAAGGCAGCUGUGUGAUCUGAGAACUAUUAGAAUUUUAGAUCUUUCACAUAACAAGCUCAAUGGUUACAUACCUUCAUGCCUUUACAACUUAUCAUUUGAUCUCGGAGUGGCAGAAGAGGAUACAAAUAUCUACAUUGGGGAAGAUUACAACCCCACGAGCUUUCAGUUGGAAUAUUACAAAUCUACAUUUGUUGCGGAGAAGCUUGUAGUAAAGUACACUACCUAUCAUGAAAUUGCAAUAAAUUUUGCAACAAAAGAAAGGUAUGAUUCUUAUACUGGAGGAACUGAGUUCAGUGAAGGUAUACUUGGUUAUAUGUAUGGAAUGGAUCUGUCAAGCAAUGAGUUAAGUGGUGUUAUCCCACAAGAGCUUGGAAACCUCUCGAGAGUUCGAGCACUUAAUCUAUCUCACAAUUUCUUGUCGGGUUCUAUACCAUCCAGCUUCUACAAUCUGAAGGAUAUUGAGAGCCUUGAUCUUUCUUACAACGAGUUACAUGGAAGCAUUCCUCAACAGCUAACCAGCCUUAUUUCUCUUGCCGUGUUUGAUGUGUCUUACAACAAUUUGUCAGGAAUGGUUCCCCAAGGAAGGCAAUUCAAUACCUUUGACAAGAGCAGCUACGUAGGCAAUCCUCUUCUUUGUGGACUACCAACCAAUAUAAGUUGUGAUCAGGCUAACGAGAGGUCAGAGGAAGAAGAUAAUGGUGGAGGGGAAGAAGAGGACGAGGAAGCUGUUGUUGACAUGUUGGUCUUCUAUUAUAGCACUGGCUCAACUUAUUUGACAGCGUUGAUAUGCAUUCUUCUACUUAUGUGUUUUGAUUGUCCUUGGCGUCGAUCAUUGCUACGCCUUAUUGAUGCUUUCAUUGCUUCAGUAAGAACUAUGUUUCCUUGAAAUCAUUUGAGCCAAAUGUGGAAUCUUUUUGCAAAAUGUUUUCGAGUGUUUCAGACUCAAGCAU